AAGCUGCUAUUCCAUUUGGAAUAUCGUGCUCUGGUCGGAUACGUUGAAGCUGUUACCCCGUUGUUGUAUACCGUGUACUUGGUCAUCCUUUACCAGCUGCCAAACGCCAAGUAUUACACUCAUACACGCAGUCUAACCUCAGAGAAGCUACGAUCUUCAGUGGAAAGUAUUAUCGCAUACGCAGCAGCAGAGAUGUUAUCGCUGAUAUGGCUUCAUUUCGUGGUAAAGCGCAAGCUGGGGUUCUCAUUAUUUUACCAGCUAGCCUUUGUGCUGGAAACUGAGACCGAGCUGCUCCAAGGCCGAUUGUUUGUGUGGAUUGUACUUCUCGUACAGUUCCCUCUCGUGCACUACGGUACGUUUAUUGUGUGGCAUGGAGCAAGGCGGAUAACUGACUGGAUUUCACGUUUCGUUUUGAGUGGAUGA